AGUGGGCUCUUUGUGAAAGAACAGCGAUGAGAAAAGCCACAGAAACAUCCUCCAGGGUGCCCAGAGCACUGGCCCUGGGGUGGCUGCUUGCCUCAGCCUCACUUCCCGCAGAGCUUGCCGUGGAGAGGAAGCUGCUGGGAGCCCAGCUCUGAGCCUGGGGUCUUCAGACCACCCCUAAGUCUCUCCAGGGUAGCAGCCCCCAGGGAGGAUUAGCUGUUCUCUAAUGAAGCCUGGAAUGGUCCCCCCUCCACCGGGAGAGGAGAGCCAGACCGUCAUCCUUCCACCUGGCUGGCAGAGCUACUUGUCUCCUCAAGGCCGGCGUUACUAUGUCAACACGGCCACCAAUGAGACCACCUGGGAACGCCCCAGCUCUUCUCCUGGGAUUUCAGCCAGCCCUGGCACUCACAGGAGCUCUCUGCCUCCAGCAGUGAAUGGAUACCACGCGUCAGGGACCCCAGCGCACCCUCCAGAGACUGCCCACAUGAGUCUCCGAAAAUCCACCGGUGAUUCCCAGAACCUGGGCUCCUCAUCACCAAGCAAAAAGCAGAGCAAGGAAAACACCAUGACAAUAAACUGUGUGACAUUCCCUCAUCCAGACACAAUGCCUGAACAGCAACUGCUCAAGCCAACAGAGUGGAGCUACUGUGACUACUUCUGGGCGGAUAAGAAGGAUCCCCAAGGCAAUGGCACUGUGGCUGGGUUUGAACUGCUGCUCCAGAAGCAACUGAAAGGCAAACAGAUGCAGAAGGAAAUGUCUGAGUUCAUCCGGGAAAGGAUAAAGAUUGAAGAAGAAUAUGCAAAGAACUUAGCUAAGCUCUCUCAGAACUCGUUGGCUGCACAGGAGGAAGGGUAAGUUGGGUGGAGAGCAUUUGGGGACACUGAGCAAAGAGUCCUCAUUCACCCAUCACCUGUUACGGCCAUGGGCUGAUUUUGGAUGGGGAAAUCUCCAUUGGCUCGAGAUGAGAUCCAUCUGCAAGUUAAUUGCUCGUAGAUCAAGGUGUACCCUCGUGACUUAAGGUGUGUCCAUGGCUCAGAAUGGGGACUGAUAGCUCAAGGUAUUUGCCUGUGACUCAGGUGUGGGCAUCCAUGCUCCUGGGGCACCUCCACCUUGUCUUCUCUCUGGUGAUCCGGGCCUCCUGCCAGGUGCUGGAGUGUGUCAGGACCCCCACUACACUGUGCCCUGGUAGCUGGACAGCACCCCAGUUCCCUUUUCUCUGAGGGCAGGUUGGGAGGAAACUGGGUCUGAGAAGGUUUUGUAUCUGGACCCUUAGAACGCUCUCCUGCAGACCCAAGGCCCAGGAUCCCCUCUGUCACCCGCUGUGACAAUCCAGACUUCCUUGAUGGAACCUGACCUAGGGGGCCACUCAGCCCAACCCACAAGUCAUGGCCAGGUUUCUAGUGGGAGAAAGACUUCAGGCUUCUCUGCUCUGUCACCAAAGAGUCUCAGCCCUCACACACC